AUGAAGAACGAGGUCAACACUAGGAGACGCCGCAUACGUUGUGCUGCAAAGAUCCGGAGACAAAAGGUCGUUGAUGAGUACCUGCAAGCAAAAGAAAAAUAUGAACACGAAGCAAUGAAAGCACAAGUGCAAAGUUGGAAGGGGUUCUGCGAGAAACAGGAUAGGGAGGGGGUAUGGGAGGGGAUUUAUAGGGUUAUCGGUCGCACCGCAAAAAGAUGUGAGGAUGUGCCCCUGGUCAAGGACGGACUGCCAUUGAGCCCAGAAAACUCAGCGCGGCUCCUGGCGGAGACCUUCGUGGACUCGGAAGAGGGCAAACCGAGGACCACCGCCGUACUCGUGAAGAUGCCGAUCGUUCGAACGUGUGGUCAUGAUGAGCACCAUGACCCACCGUUCACGCUACUGGAACUGAAAACGGCGGUGGAUAGCUUCAACCCAAAAAAGGCACCCGGGGCGGAUGGUCUCACCGCCGAUAUCUGCGCUCAAGCCAUCUUCCGCGAUCCGGGAUCUUCCUCGCCCUGGCCAAUAAAUGUCUGGAGCAGGGACACUUCCCGGAGCCUGGAAGGAGGCCACAGUGGUGAUCCUCCGGAAGCCAGGGAAAGACACCUACACCGCCCUAAGUCUUACCGACCCAUCGGCCUAUUACCUGUCCUGGGCAAAAUCCUGGAAAAGUUGAUGAGAGGAGCCUUCGACAGCGCAUGGUGGCCGGCCAUCAGGACCAGACUGGCUGAGGAAAAGUGCCCGGUGAACAUAAGAAGAAUGAUAGACAGCUACCUCAACGACAGGUGUGUUCGGGUCAGGUACGCCGGAGCGGGUGCCGCCGGGAUACGAACAAGGGAUGUGCAGGGGUUGUGGAGGCCCAAUCCUUUGGAACCUGGUGCUGGAUCCCCAGCUAAAGGUCUUGAACAGCGAGGCGACUACUGUCAGGCUUUCGCUGACGACGUCGUCCUCAUUUUCAGCGGGGAUACAGCACUCGAAAGACGUGCCAAUGCCGCCCUCGAGUAUGUUCGGAGGUGGGGCAUCAGAAAUAAGCUAAAGUUUGCGCCACACAAAACAUGCGCCAUGGUCGUAACCAGGAAGCUAAAGUACGAUGUCCCCCUCCUGAGCAUGGGCGGGGUCGCCAUUGGCAUGUCAGAGGGAAUAAAGAUACUGGGGCUCACUGUGGAUCACAAGCUCACGUUCAACACGCACGUCGCAAAUGUUUGUAAGAAGGCCAUUAAUAUCUACAAACAGUUGGCCAGGGCGGCAAAAGUGAGCUGGGGUCCUGAGGUGAUCCGCAGCAUCUACGGCGGCGGUGGAACCGGUGAUUCUCGAGGGUUCGCUCAGAAGCUGUGCGGAGCGUACCGCACCGUCUCACUACAUUCGGCACUUGUGCUGGCGGGGUUGCUCCCGCUCGACCUCAGGAUUCAGGAAGCAGCCGCGCUGUAUGAAAAGAAAAAGGGAGUAACUUCGCUGGCCGGUCGUGAGGUGGAACGGGUGGUAGCGUUCGCAGACACGCCACACCCGGCGAAACAUACGGCCAUGGGGUUCGUGAGCUUGGUAGAUCAGUCCCAUGUGGAGUCCCACAACAGCCAGGACAUACGGUUCUUUACAGACGGCAGCAAGAUCGAGGGCAAGGUCGGAGCAGCACUCUCCCUUUGGGAUAGAGAGGCCGAGAUCAAGUCCUCGAAACUCAGUCUGCCGUCCUGCUGUACUGUCUACCAGGCAGAACUCCUGGCCAUAUGCGUAGCCACUAGGCAAAUACUGCGGCGCCGGGAAGGCACUUUUGGCAUAUACAGUGACUCGAAGGCAGCCCUGCAAACGGUCACCAACCAGUGCCCUCCACGCCCUGGCAGUGGAAGCAAGGGCGAACCUCAGUGUGGCUUUAUCCCAGGGCAAAGCUACAUCCUUGUUCUGGAUAAAGGCACACGCUGGACUGGAGGGAAAUGA